AUGACUUUAAGCGACCUGAUACUGGGAACUUUCUUCAUCUCUCAGGUUAGUGUUGGGGUCCUGGGGAACUCAGCAUUGCUCUUGGUGUAUUUCAAUAUCUUCAUCUAUCAGCCCGGUAAGAAGAAACCCACAGAUCUGAUCCUCUCCCACCUGACUAUGGCCAACAUGGCGAUACUAGCUAUCUGUGUGGUCCAAGUGAUGGUGACUUUUGGGGUGAAGGAUGUUCUGGAUGAUAUUGGGUGUAAAAGUGCUUUGUACAUUAAUAGAGUGUCACGAGGCCUUUCCAUCUGCACCACGUGUCUCCUGAGUGUGUUCCAGGCCAUCACCAUCAGUCCCAGCACCUCCCGCUGGGCCCGGCUCAAACCCAAGGCUACUGGUUACAUCAUCCCUUCUUUCCUCUUCUUUUGGCUCCUUAACAUGGCACUAUACACCGGAUUGAUUACAUCUAUUCAGGCCACCAAAAAUGUUACCAUCACAGGACACACUUUUCUUUCCAAAGGCUGUUCUACUAUAUCAAGCGUGAAUUAUGUGAUUGUCACGGUAAGUUUCACAUUUGUGACUUUUCGAGAUGUCUUCUUUGUGCUCAUCAUGAUGUGUGCCAGCGUCUACAUGGUGACUGUGCUGUAUCGACACCGUAAACAAGUUCAACACAUCCACAGCACCAGCCUCUCCCCCAAAUCCUCGGUGGAGAUUCAAGCCAUCAAAACCAUCCUGCUCCUGGUCAGCUGCUUUGUUUUCUUUUAUUGGAUCAACUGCUGCAUCACCCUCUAUUUGAGUUUUACGAAGAACGAUACCCAGCUACAGAGCACUACGGCCUUUCUGUCGGUCUGUUAUCCCUCCCUCUGCCCCUGGGUACUGAUCCGAAAUGAUGCUCGUGUUCCCGGGCCCCAGUAUAUCCUUGGGAAGUUGAGAAGCUCUUCUCCAAUGGCUUCCAGGGAUGAAGAGGAAACCUCCCAACCAUCUUGUCCACCUGGGGUUCUCAGUGAAGACUCCAGCCUAUGGAACUAA